AUGUCUAGCGGCAAGCCCAAAGGCAUUGUCGUAUUCUCCGGUGGGAGCGCUGCCAAUAAUCUUGUCGAUGUAUUCAAGACUGUCAGAGAGGAUAAAAAGUGCCAGUUGAGCUAUGUCAUUCCCAUCAGCGAUAAUGGCGGUAGUUCAUCAGAGUUGAUAAGGGUCUUUGGAGGCCCAGGAAUCGGUGAUGUUCGCAGCCGUCUCGUGCGCCUCAUACCAGAUGACCCCGACCACGACGACAGCGAAAAAGCAGCCAUCAAGAUCUUCUUCAAUCACCGCUUGCCUAAAAAUCGGGCCACAGCUAGACAAGAAUGGAUGCAAAUCGUCGAAGCCAGCCACAGCCUUUGGACCAACAUCUCCACGGCCAAGAAAGAGCUCAUGCGUGCCAUCCUCAACUCGGUCAAUUUCGAGAUCUUAAAGAGGAUGAGACCGAGCUCGACGUUUGACUUUUCGGGUGCGAGUAUCGGCAAUUUGUUUCUGACGGGUGCCCGCCUCUUCACCGGCUCCUUCGAAUCCGCAAUCUACCUCCUCUCCUCCAUCUGCUCCGUCCCAAACCACACCUCCGUCCUCCCCGCCAUAAACACAAACUUCACGCACCACAUCUCCGCCGGCCUCUCAAACGGCACAAUCAUCACAGGCCAAAACUCCAUCUCGCACCCCUCCGAAACUACUGCCCUCGACUCCACCCCCUUAACCGCCCACGAGGACACAGAGCGCCACGACGCCAUCGAAGACGCUAAUCUCCCAGGGACGCUACCCACCCUGCGGAAGCAGUACAUCAACUUCAGCAAAGCAGACGAAGACGACCUCCCCGCGCGGAUAGAACGCCUCUGGUACAUCAACCCCUACGGCCAAGAAAUCCGCCUCGCCGCCAACCCCGCCGUCCUCUCCGCGCUCACAUCCGCCCAAGCCAUCAUCUACAGCAUAGGCUCCCUCUACACCUCGCUCAUCCCCUCCCUCAUCCUAAAAGGCGUCGGCCACGCCAUCGAGAACGCCGCCAUCAGAUAUAAAAUCCUCAUACUAAACAGCACGAUCGACCGCGAAACAGGUCCUUCAGCGACACCCUUCUCAGCGCUGGACUUCGUCGCCGCGAUAGCGAAGGCGUGCGCCGAGAGUAAGGGGUCCCCUGCCGACGUGCACAAACUCGAAUACAGCAGCUACGUAACGCAUGUAGUUCACUUGACUGGGCCGGGGACGCCAGCGGUAGACAGGGAAGCAUUGAGGGGGCUUGGCAUCGAGACGAUCAAGGUGUAUGGGAGGAGGGGAGAGGGAGAGGGCUUCGUGAGGUAUGAUGAGAAGGGGUUGGUGCAGGCGUUGGAGGUUACGAUGGGGAGGGGGAUCCGAGGGCGGAGAGGGUGA